AUGCCAAACCUCAGCAGCCUGGGCAAGAUCUGUGGCUCCAGCCGGGGCGAGGAUAUGGUGGUGAUGGACAGGGCUAAGCGCAAGAAUUCGGUUAGGCGCAUGUCGAUCAUUGAGGAUGGUCAGAUUGCUGAGGUUCUCUACCUGAUUCCGAAACAAUCAAUGAUGGAGCAGCUUCCCUUCCUGAACCCCAACGACUAUAUCCUGUGUGAGCGGAUGGUAGGCAUGCCGCCAGACAUGGGAUCAAUUGGACCAGUGGCCCAUGUUCAGGACCCUGCAGAAAAGCUGUGCAUCCAGUGCUACAAAUGUGGGGAGCCAUGCAAGGGAGAGGUGCUGCGGGUCCAGUCCAAGCACUUCCACAUCAAGUGCUUUACCUGCAAGGUGUGCGGGUGCGACUUGGCUCAGGGAGGUUUCUUCAUGAAGAACGGGGACUACCUGUGCACGUUGGACUACCAGCGGCUCCAUGGCACAUGCUGCAAUGGCUGUGGGAGCUUUGUAGAGGGAGAGGUGGUCACUGCUCUCGGCAAGACGUACCAUCCGGCCUGUUUCGUCUGCACAAUCUGCAAACGACCAUUUCCUACUGGAGAUCGUGUCACCUUUAAUGGGAAAGACUGUCUCUGUCAACACUGCAUCCACCCUAUGUCCCCUACCCCCAAAGACAUCAGCAGCUCCAGCAACUGUGCAGGCUGUGGUAGGGACAUUAAGAAUGGCCAGGCCCUAUUGGCUCUGGAAAGACAGUGGCACCUUGGCUGCUUCAAGUGCAAGGCCUGUGGCAAAGUGCUGAGCGGGGAGUACAUCAGCAAGGAUGGCACCCCCUAUUGCGAGAAAGACUACCAGAUCCAUUUUGGGGUCCAGUGUGAGGCCUGCAAUCAGUUCAUCACAGGGAAGGUUCUGGAAGCAGGUGACAAGCAUUACCAUCCCAGUUGUGCAAGGUGCAGCAGAUGCAACCACAUGUUCACAGAAGGAGAGGAAAUGUACCUGCAAGGAUCUACAGUAUGGCAUCCAGACUGUAAGAACAAUAGCAGAGCUGAAGAGAAAUACAGGGACAAUUGAACUGAUUCCAGAGGCUGAUCCAAAACACUGCCGGUGGAGAAGAGGUAUUCAGAGUGGACUUU